GAAAAUUUGCUAGAAUGGCGGCGACAUGCGUAGUUCAUCCUAUGGAUGUAAUAAAGAAUCGAAUUCAGGUACAAAAGGAGAAAACUUCUGUCGGCAAGGUUGUCGCCUCCAUAUACAAAAAUGAGGGCAUUUUGAAAUUUUAUUCCGGACUUAGCGCUGGUCUUGUACGACAAGCGACUUAUACCACUGUAAGACUUGGUAUAUACAAUCAAUUACAUGAAUAUUGGAAAGAGAAAUACGUGGGCAAACCAAAUUUUGGUAUAAUGUCACUGAUGGCAGCUACAGCAGGAGCUAUUGGAGCCUUUGUUGGUACACCAGCAGAAGUCGCCCUCGUAAGAAUGACGGCCGAUGGCAGAUUACCGAAAGGUUAUUAUUAUUAUUAUUAUUCUAACAAUUUUUCCCUUUCAUUCUUCCUUACAUCAUUAAUGUUCCCAAUAAUUGGGAAACGAGUUUUUCCUUUUAUCGAUCCUGAUGUUGUAUGUAUGCGAUUCCCUGCAGAGCAACGAAGGAAUUACAAAAACGUGUUCAACGCGUUUACAAGAAUUUCUCGAGAAGAAGGAAUCACCACUCUUUGGAGAGGCAGUGUAGCAACGAUGGGACGAGCGGUGGUUGUUAAUGUAUCACAACUUGCAACUUACAGUCAAGCAAAAUUUUUAAUAUCCACGAAAUGUACUUAUCAGCUUCAAAUAUUAUCUAUAUCAGAAGAAUUUAUAUCGAUAGAAGUAUCAAACACGUUUUAUUUCACAGUGAAUAUACCGGAGGGUGUUGGUCUGCAUUUCUCUGCGUCAAUGUUAUCUGGAUUCCUUACUACCUUCAAUUCUAUGCCAUUUGAUAUAACUAAAACAAGGUAAAAUAAUUAGAUAU